AUUUAGGACAAUUAUCACAUAUCCCUGGUUCCAGAAUUCUUCAGUCAUUCUGUUCUUAAAUAAAAAAGAUCUUCUAGAGGAGAAAAUAAUGUACUCCCAUCUAGUUGACUAUUUCCCAGAGUAUGAUGGACCUCAGCGGGAUGGACAGGCAGCACGGGAAUUCAUCUUGAAGAUGUUUGUGGAUCUGAAUCCAGAAAGUGAAAAAAUUAUCUACUCACAUUUCACAUGUGCCACAGACACGGAAAACAUCCGCUUUGUCUUUGCUGCUGUCAAGGACACUAUCCUACAGUUAAACCUGAAGGAGUACAACCUGGUCUAACUGUGCCUCUUAGAUCUCCUUUCCCCCUUUCCCCUUUUGGGCAAUUGAAGAUAUUCAAGAGGGACUGUAUUAUCUGUGAAAAAGAUCUGCAUAAUACUAAUUUAUUGCUGGCCUGGACUCUGUGAAAAUUCACAGAGUUUAUAGUAAAUAUUAUGAUUUUAUUUAAACUUUACGGAGGAAAAACAAAAGAUGCUGAACUACAUUUGCAGUACAAUUCCUCAGAGUUUUUUUUUUAGUCAAAACUUUGUGACCAUAUGUGUUUUAAAUUUUCAGUCAUGCACUCACAAAGGAUAGGGGCUUGGGGCGAUUUUUUAAAUUAUUAUCAUUAUUUUGCUAACAAAGCAAAAUCGUUGGUGUCUCCUUUAACCCAUUUUUCUUUCGUUAAGGUACAAUAGCCGUUUCCCCAAGUUUCAUUCCUUGGUAGAAGUGUUUCCUCUAAAGUGAUGUAGUCAGGAAAACGCUUUCACUAGAAUUUAAGCCAUCAAUUGUUCUGAUUUUUCAGUAAAUACUUUGUGAAGGAUCAAACUUACUAAUACUCUGAUUUCUUUUUUUAAAUUCUUGGUAAAGAUGUCAAAUACAUCUGCUUCUUGGUACUGUCUUUGCACUGAAGGCUUCGAAUGUUGUUAGAUGGGAACAUUAAUUGUAGCAGUGUUAUGAAUUUUACCUUUAUUUGUACCACGGGAAGUCAGAAAAUGCACAGAACACAAUGACAAGAUGACUAAGACACAAAACAGAUCAAUGAAAUAGGAUAGGUGUGUUUGUUUUUGAAACUGAUAUGUGCCAUUAUGUUUUUCUUCUUUUGGAACUGUGCUUAUUUUCUAAUCUCAGAUGCCAAACAAAAAUGUCAUGAACACUACAGUAGCUGGAAUCCCCAGCUUUUUUAAAUCCCCUUUUUUUAAAAUUAGAUCUUCUAGAUUUCACUCCAUAAUUUCAGACCUAUUUUUAUCGUCUACAAAAUUUGAUGUUGCCAAAUCUGGCUUUUUAAAAGAUAAUAAAAAUGAUAACUUUUGAAAUGUAAAAUACUGAUUAAAAUGCCAAAUUAACUGAUUGGGAAUCUGUCUGAUUCAGACACCUGCCAAAUGAUCUGAAGCUAGAUUUCAGCUUUUCUGUGCCCUCUUUGUAUAAGAAUGCAUUCCAUUCUCAAUGCCAAAAAAGAAAGAAAGAAAGAAAAGCUGCGUGAGUAAAAAUGUUAUUUGGUGCUACAU